ACCAUUUUAAACAUAUUUAUGAAGGCAGUACUGCUGAAGAACGAAUUAUUCAAGAACUUGAAAAUAAUUACAGAGACGAGGAAGCUAUUCGAUGGUACACACGACCAACAUUUCUCUACAACACUCUCAACAAAGCUCUUCGGGAUUUCGACUUUGAAGUUCUCUUUGCUCUACGCUUUCUCAUCAACGACCUACAACGACAAUUAGCCAUCGCACACGAAACUUAUCUAACUUCGUAUGAAUUAGAAAAUCCUAUAAUUACCGUCUAUCGUGGUCAGAAUAUUUCUGUUGCCGAUCUCAAUUAUCUUCAUGAAAAUAUUGGACAAUUUGUUGCAAUGCAAAGCUUCUUGAGUACAAGUUUCGAUAGAGCAGUUGCCAGUUUUUUUGCCCAAGCUGCUGCUCCUACUACAGACGGAAUAACAUGUAUUUUAUUUGAGUUUCAUCUUGACACACGUAUCACGAAUACGAAACCCUACGCAAAUAUAAAACAUCUGUCUUACUUUCGUGAUGAAGAAGAACUUCUUCUUAUGCUAGGUACCAUAUUUCGAAUUGAACAAGUGGAAUAUAAUGAACUAGAAAAAACAUGGAUUGCAAUUUUAAGUCUGUGUAGUGAGGACGAUUAUGAAUUAAAAGAAUUGGUGAAACAUUUGAAAAAUGAAACUGGCGAAGGAAUUACAUCACUAGGAAAUUUAUUACAACGACAAGGAGAUUAUGAAAAAGCAAGACUAUAUUUUCAACAGUUGUUGCUCGAUUCAUCUCUUGACGAUCUUGAUCGAGCUAGGUGUUAUCGUGGUCUUGCUAUGGUUGCACAGGCACUCCAUACAUAUGAUGAGGCUAUAGAAAAUUUUGAGAAACAAUUGGAAUUGUUGAAUACAUGUGACGACAGUCAGGAGGAGAUUGGAACCGCAUAUACAUUUCUUGGUGAAGUUUACUUAUUCAAAAGCGAUCUCGAUCAAGCUCUCUCUUACGAACAAAAAGCGUUUGACAUACUUGUUCCAUUAAAUGCUCCUCAAUUGACAAAUGUUUAUGCUAUUAUGGCUAAUAUUUACAUGCAAAAGAAAGACUUUCCACAAGCCAUUGUAUAUCACGAGAAAGGACUUGAACUAGAUUACGAACGUCUACCAGGAAAUCACGAGAACUUUGGAAUAACUUAUGCAAAUAUAGGCGCAACAUAUCACUUAAGUGGAGAUUAUAUAAAAGCUUUAGAAUAUUAUAGUAAAGCUCGUGAAAUCUACUCAAAAAUAUUGACACCCAAGCAUCAGCAUGUAUUAACUGUAGAAGAAAA